AUGGUUAUGGAAGCAAUGAAUUUUGAUGAGGAUAUGGCUGGAGUGAGAAAUUGUUUCAUGGGCCUUGAACAAGAGGAACCAAAUCCAAAUGCUUCAAGUUUCUAUGGCUUGUUACAUGAUGCUGAUGCUCCCUUAUGGGAAGGUUGUAAUAAUUAUACACACUUAUCAGCUGUAUCUCAACUAUUAAAUUGCAUAUCAAAUUUCCACAUUAGUCAUAAUUGUUUUGACAAUUUAUUAUCAAUAAUAAAGAGCAUGCUACCACAAGGUAAUCUCUUGCCAAGCAACUUCUACAACACGAAAAAGAUGAUGUCAACUCUAGGGCUUGGUUAUCAAAAAAUCGAUGUCUGUGUCAAAAAUUGCAUGCUAUAUUACAAAGAAAACAGUGAUGGAACAUCAUGUAAAACUUACGGUCACCCUCAGUAUAAGCCAAGGAAAUCAAGUACGGCUCGACAAAAAAAUCUACCAUUUAAAGUGUUAUGUUACUUGCCUUUGAUUCCUAGGCUUCAAAGGUUGUUUAUGUCAUCCAAAACUGUAGCACACAUGGUAUGGCAUGCUUUUAACCAACAUACUGAUGGGACUAUGUCACAUCCUGUUGAUAGUGAGGCAUGGAAGCACUUCGAUCGCACUUAUCCUUUGUUUGCAUCUGACCCUAGGAAUGUUCGUCUUGGAUUAUGCACUGAUGGAUUCAAUCCCUUUGGGCAAUGUUCUAAUCCUUACUCUUGUUGGCCAGUAAUAAUUGCAGUGUAUAACUUACCUCCUUGGAUGGCCAUGAAAAAACCUUAUAUGUUCUUGAAUAUGGUGAUUCCGGGUCCUAAAAGCCCUGGCAAGAGUUUGGAUGUGUUCUUGAGGCCUUUGAUUGAUGAGUUGAAAAUGUUAUGGACUGAAGGAGUUUUGACUCAUGAUAUUCAUACUAAGCAGAACUUUCAUAUGAAAGCAGCACUUUUAUGGACAGUAAGCGAUUUUCCUGCAUAUGGUAUGUUAUCCGGAUGGAGCACACAUGGAAAAUUGGCUUGUCCGUAUUGCAUGGAAGGUAGUAAAGCUUUUGUUCUUCAACACGGUGGGAAAGCAUCAUUCUUUGAUUGUCAUCGCCAAUUUCUUCCUCUCAACCAUCCAUACAGAAGACAAAAAGAUAAAUUCAAAAAAGGUGUCAUAGAAAGGAGUCCACCCCCUCCUCGUUUGUCUGGUGAUGUUAUACAAAAUCGGGUAAAUUCACUACCUGAUAUUGUAUUUGGGACAACUAGUGGGAAGCAAACAAUACCUGGAUUUGGUGUACACCAUAAUUGGGUCAAGAGGAGUAUAUUUUGGGAGCUUCCAUAUUGGAAUUCAAAUUUAAUUCGGCAUAAUUUAGAUGUGAUGCAUAUAGAGAAGAAUGUGUUUGACAAUGUAUUCUACACAGUUAUGGAUGUGAAUGGGAAAACUAAGGACAACUCUAAAGCAAGAGAGGAUUUUAAAGUUUAUUGCAAGCAUCCUGAAUUACACUUAGUUCAAUAUAAUGGUAGAGUAUGCAAACCUAAAGCCACUUAUACUUUGAAUAAAGAACAAAAACAAAUAAUUUGUCAGUGGCUAAAGGAUUUGAGAUUGCCUGAUGGAUAUGCUUCCAACAUCGCACGGGCUGUAAGUGUGGAGGACUGUAAGUUUUUUGGAUUGACAAGUCAUGACUGCCACAUAUUGAUGCAAAGAUUGAUCCCAAUCGCAUUUCGUGACAUAUUGCCUAAAGCAGUUUGGGAUGCAUUAACUGAGCUUAAUCAUUUUUUUAGGGACAUUACUGCAACUAUACUAUUUGUGGACAAUAUUGAGAUAUUAGAAAAAAACAUUAUUGAAACAAUUUGCAAGUUAGAAAAGAUAUUCCCACUGAGUUUCUUUGACUCAAUGGAGCAUUUGCCUAUUCAUAUUGCUUAUGAGGCCAAAGUAGGUGGACCAGUGCAAUAUCAUUGGAUGUAUCCAUUCGAGCGAAAAAAAGUCCGAAAUAAAGAUUCUGUUGAGGGUUCAAUUGUCGAGGCAUACAUUAUUGAGGAAAUAUCAACCUUUUGUUCUCAUUACUUUGAGCCACAAAUCCCAACAAGAUUAAACAAAGUUCCAAGAAAUGAUGAUGGGGGAAACAUUGAACCAAUGGGGCACAUUUCAAUUUUCACUCAUUCAGGUCGACCUUUUGGUUGA